GAGUCCGUGGGACAGGGUCCUGGGGCAGAGCCGCCGUGAGCAACCUGCGGCGUGCAGAGGGUGCCGCCGCCUGCGCUCGCUCGAGACGCGCUUCCCGGCCCAGCCCGCGUGCGGGGGCGGUGCCAAGGGCACUUCCGGCCUCAAAGUCACGCCCCUACUGAGCAUUGGCUGGCGCCACCUCCACGAGUCUGACUGGCAGUUGCGUGCGGGGGCGGGGCCCGGCCACCGCUUCCGCCGGGCCAUGGGGCCGCGCGUGCUGUUGCCGCUGCUGCUGCUGCUCGCGCUGCUCUCCGAGCCGCUGUGCGGGGCUGAGAACAGUACGCCUCCGUCGCCGCACCCAGCGCUAGCAGCGCCUUCGCUGCCGCCCUCGCCGGCUAACGGGAGCCAGCCGGGAGCGCCACACAACAGCACGCACGCUUGGCCAGCGGGUGCGACCGGCUCGCCGCUGCUACGCUCCUUCUUGGUGCUCACGGGUCUCGCUGGCCUGGCCCUUGUCUACUUCCUCAUCCGGGCGUUCAGGUUGAAAAAGCCACAGCGGAGGCGGUACGGGCUCCUGGCCAACACUGAGGACCCCGGCGACAUGGCCUCCCUAGACAGUGAGGAGGAGACAGUCUUCCAGUCAAGAAUCCUGAGAUGAUGCUGCUGUGAGGUAGGCAGGUUCCUAGGGGCCAUGGGGAAGGACGAGACGGCAGCCCUCCAGCUGCCUCCCGGAGCCCCCGGCGUACCUGGAUCCCCGCUCAGCACACCGCCACCGCCUGGCCGAGGGAGCCGUGUGAAAGCCACUGGGGCCCAGCUGCAGCUGCCCCAGAUCCAGAGGCCCUCAGACGGACUGAGCUGUGCCACUCCCUGUCCAGAGGACCUGGCAGCCCUGCUCCGAGGCCCGCGGGGCCUGUCAGGAAGCCCCUUCCUGUGGGGCUGUUGACAAUAAAGGAAGCCAUGGUUGUGCACCAAG